AUGUUUCGAAGAAAGCCUCCACUCCCGACACGGCCAACACCACCAACAUUUGAAGAGAUCCAAGAAGACCUCAACAGUGCACCUGACGAUAUUGUGUUCACGUUGCUUCCCGACGGCAGCAACUUGGCUGCGGUUGAAGAGUGUGCGUCCGAGGAAGGUGCGCCGAAGAAUGCUGAUGCAGCUUUCCUCAAAGUAAAACACUUCAUGGAAAUGAGCGAAAAAAUUGCUGGCUUGGCUGAGGUGUUACAGAAAAAGACCGAACACUUGAAAACUGUCAGGGACGAUCUGCAUAACGAAAUAGAACGAGUUAAACACUCUUUACAAAGUGUAAACCCGUCGUCUUCUUAA